UCUGAAAUACGUAAAAGGAAACCCUUAAAUUUAUGAAAGUCGUUUAUCUCUAACUUCAGGAACACAUCUAAAUCUAUUCUAGGAUGCAAGAUACACUAUUACUAAAGCAUUAAAAAAUACAGUAUCUGAUUUUUGUUCUAUAGGUAUCUUGCAACAUCCAGAUGGCACAGUUUUGAAACAGCUACAGCCACCUCCAAGGGGCCCAAGAGAGUUAGAAUUCUAUAAUAUGGUAAGUGAGGUUUAUGCUGCUGAUUGUACUGAUGGUGUUCUUUUAGAGCUACGAAAAUAUUUGCCAAAAUAUUACGGCAUCUGGUCACCUCCCACUGCACCAAAUGAUUUAUACCUAAAACUGGAAGAUGUGACCCAUAAAUUUAAUAAGCCCUGUAUAAUGGAUGUAAAGAUAGGGCGAAAAAGCUAUGAUCCUUUUGCCUCAUCUGAGAAGAUUCAGCAACAGGUCAGCAAGUACCCAUUAAUGGAAGAGAUUGGGUUCUUGGUGCUUGGCAUGAGGGUUUAUCAUGUUCAUUCUGAUAGCUAUGAGACACAAAACCAGCACUAUGGAAGAAGCUUAACAAAAGAAACUCUAAAGGAAGGAGUUUCCAGGUUUUUUCAUAAUGGAUUCUGCUUAAGAAAAGAUGCUGUUGCUGCCAGUAUUCAGAAGAUUGAGAGAAUUCUGCAGUGGUUUGAAAGCCAGAAGCAGCUUAACUUUUAUGCAAGUUCAUUACUGUUUGUUUAUGAAGGUUCAUCUCAUCCAACUACUACAAAAUCAAAUGACAGAACUUUGGCAGAAAAGUUUUUGUCCAAAGGACAACUCUCGGACACAAACGUACUGGAGUAUAAUAAUAACUUUCGAGUGUUAAGUUCCGCAACAAAUGGAAAAAUAGAGGCUUCAGUAGGCAAAAGCUUGUCCAAGAUGUAUGCUCGUCACAGAAAAAUGUAUUCAAGAAAGCAUCACAGUCAGACUUCAUUGAAAGUUGAAAAUAUAGAGCAAGACAAUGGGUGGAAAAGCUUGUCACAGGAACAUUUAAAUGGAAAUGUACUUUCCCAACUGGAAAAAGUUUUCUACCAUCUUCCCACUGGUUGCCAAGAGAUUGCGGAAGUAGAAGUGCGAAUGAUAGAUUUUGCUCAUGUUUUCCCUAGCAACACAAUAGAUGAGGGAUAUGUUUAUGGACUGAAGAAUUUAAUUACUGUACUUCAGAGUAUUUUGGACAAUUGAAUCCUUUGCUGCAGUCUUUUUAAGGGGUGGGGCAAUCAUUGUGAAGAGCAGCAGUCAGUAUCUCUGCACUUGUAAUGCUAUGUAAACAAUUUGUAUUGUGAGUCGGCAUUUUAUUUGUCUUUACACUUUUGGUAGAAGGGUUAACUUUUUUAUAAUCUUACUCAGGAAAACUAAUUAUUUGUUCAUUAGAAAACUAUGAAGAAUAAAGAAACUUUGGAAUGUUAAGCAGGGAAUGUGGUGGUACAUGAUUUAAACAUCUAUUUGGCUCAAGCAAAAUGCAAAACAUUCAGUCAUUAAGAGUUUAGUUUUCUGUAGCCAAUUUAU